GUGGGCGAACGAGGAAUCGCCGUCUGAGAUGCGUCACAAGGACUUCAAGGUUGCCUUUAGGCACCCCCAGCAUGGCCGGCCGGUGUUCAACAUGUCCGAGCCCGUGCAUCUCCUCAAGAAGGUCGUCAACGCGCUAUGGCACAGCGGCCUCGCAGACAAACAGCGUGAUCUCAAGGGUCUGUGGUGGGAUCCCAAGACGGAGGAGGAGGAGUGGGUGUCGUUUUCUCUCAAGACACUGGAAGAGGUGUGGAACCAGGAGGAAGCGGGUGGCGGGAUUCGUUCAGGGGCAGAGCAGGCUGCGCACCUGAGCCGCUUCCGCAAGGUCAACCCGGAAAUGUUCUACAGGAACAGCCACAACUGCAUGAGCGUGAAGCUUUCGGCCAAGGUAGGCGAAUGUGCGACGCGCGUGUGA